AUGGAAGAUCCCCGGAAGGGCAGGCAGUACCGAAAAGCGGACGGCCUCAACACUCGGCUGGAGGACCGCGAUCCGCAGUCUACCAUGGUACAACCAGCCCUUCGCGUGCAUGUAGGUCUGCCCCAUCGCGGCUUCACGCGGCCUCUCACAGGGGACGAUGUACUGGUGGUGCCAGAGCUGCUUUGUGAUCAAGAUGACCUGUCUCUUUAUCACAAAAUGGUGGAGGAAAUCCACGUCGCACAGGCCGACGGAAGCAAGGAAGCCAAAUGGGCGUCGUGGAAAGAUGGCUGCCAUUUAAUCACGAAGGCGCCGGAGUGUUCUGCUACCUAUUGCGAUGUGGUUGCUCGGGUCAUCUCUUAUUUCAAGAUACUGGAGCCAUCUGUGUACUCUCGCUUCAAUUGGUACGUGAACGGGGCAGACUGGAAGCCACUGCACCAUGACACUGCCGCGUUCAGCCAGCGACGGCUCGGCAAGCAGAAUAUCACUGUAGGGGUUUCCUUGGGAGGCGAACGGGAGCUUGCAUUCAGGCAUGUGCAGCAUGGCACCCUGGCAUAUUUCCCCCAAGUGAACGGAAUGGCUUUCUCGUUCGGGAGACGCAUAAAUAUGAACUGGAAGCAUGGGAUCAAUGCCCUUCCCCCAGAGAAGCACAAUCAGCUUGGGCGGAUUUCCAUUAUCCUUUGGGGAUGGACCGAGCUUGCUGCCGAGGAGGACGAUGCAGAAUUUGGUGAGGCAGUCGAGGGUGAGGUGCUCAAGGCAGAGGCGUUCCACAGAGUUUGUAAACAGUACCAGAAGGGCAAGUGCACUUAUGGCGAUCGCUGCAAGUUUACGCACUCCAUGGAGUCGCCGAUUGCGAGCAUUGCCUAG